AGUCCGCUACCUCGUUCCUCUUCAACAAACACGCAAACCAACACAAACAACAACUCGUAACCGUCGAAUCAGCUUAUCGUAAUCGUAGUAGAAGAAGCCGACGAAAAUCGUUAAGGGUAUCUUCAGUCACGACCACCAGCCCUCUCUCACACUAAACUCCCGCCACGUGUCCUCCGAAACUUCCAUUUCCUCUCGAUAACAUAAUCCCAAUCCUCCCCCUCUCCUCUUCUCCAAUAAUAUAUAUUCACUUCACUUUCUUCUCUCCAACGCAUAUUAUAAUUACCCUCUCAAUUUUGAACACAAAACUCAGCGUUUUUGUUGGCUUAGGAGAGAGCAAGAGAUGGAUCACGCGGCCGAUGCGCACCGGACCGAUUUAAUGACCAUAACUCGUUUCGUGUUGAACGAGCAGUCAAAGCACCCGGAGUCACGCGGCGACUUCACGAUUUUGUUGAGUCACAUUGUUCUUGGUUGCAAAUUCGUUUGUUCUGCUGUUAACAAGGCGGGUCUUGCCAAACUUAUUGGACUUGCUGGAGAAACCAAUGUUCAGGGUGAAGAGCAGAAGAAAUUGGAUGUGCUUUCAAAUGAAGUUUUUGUUAAAGCUUUGGUUAGCAGUGGCCGAACAUGCAUCCUUGUCUCUGAAGAAGAUGAAGAGGCAACAUUUGUGGAGCACUCUAAGCGUGGAAGGUACUGCGUUGUUUUUGAUCCAUUGGAUGGAUCCUCUAACAUUGACUGCGGCGUUUCCAUUGGAACGAUUUUUGGGAUUUAUGCAAUGAAAGAUAGCCAUGAACCAACUCUAGAUGAUGUCUUGCAACCUGGAAAGAAUAUGGUGGCAGCUGGUUAUUGUAUGUAUGGAAGUUCUUGCACGCUUGUAUUAAGCACUGGGAGUGGUGUCAAUGGGUUCACCCUCGAUCCAUCUCUUGGAGAGUUUAUACUUACUCACCCAGACAUCAAGAUUCCAAAGAAAGGAAAGAUUUACUCUGUAAAUGAAGGAAAUGCUAAGAACUGGGAUGCUCCAACAUCCAAGUUUGUGGAAAAAUGCAAGUUCCCUAGCGAUGGUUCAUCACCGAAGUCUUUAAGAUACAUUGGAAGUAUGGUUGCUGAUGUCCAUCGCACAUUACUUUAUGGAGGUAUCUUUUUAUACCCAGCUGAUAAGAAGAGCCCCAAUGGGAAACUACGUGUUCUCUAUGAAGUCUUCCCCAUGUCGUUCUUGAUGGAACAAGCAGGAGGUCAGGCUUUUACUGGCAAGCAACGGGCGCUGGACUUGGUUCCGAAGAAGAUUCAUGAGCGGUCUCCAAUAUUUCUCGGCAGCUGUGAUGAUAUAGAAGAAAUCAAAGCAUUGUAUGCAGCUGAAGCGCAGUAGUAACGAGCUUAUCAUGACAUGUUUCAUGCCAUUUACCUUAUUGGAUCUCAUUUCUAAUCAUCUACUUGUGACAUAUCCUCGCCUUUAAGGUUUCUAUAUGUACUGAAAUGAUACAAUUCAUUGGUGGCCAGCUGAUGUCCUAUUGAUACAUUUCGAAUAAAUAUAUAAUAAUAUUUUGUGCAAAGUUUA